AUGAGUCGAGCGUCAGCGGAUUAUGUUAAAGCUGUCGAAUGCGGCAUCCAACCUACAGAGACCGUCGAAACUAAAAUUUACAGAAGAAGAUGGUUUAUUUUGGCGAUUUUUGUAGUCUACAGUGCAUCAAGUGCUAUGCAAUGGAUUCAGUACAGUAUUAUUACGGAUAUUGUAAUGAAAUAUUACAAAGUAGAUGCAUUUAUGGUGGAUAUGACGAGUAUGAUCUACAUGAUUACUUACAUACCUUUUAUUUUUCCUGCUAGUUAUGUAUUGGAUAAAUAUGGCUUGAGGUACGCUGCAUUAGCCGGAGGAUUGGGAACAGCCCUAGGUUCAUGGGUAAAAGUAUUCAGUGUUGAGCAAGACCAAUUUUUGAUCGCAUUUAUCGGACACACAAUUGUUGCAUCAAGUCAGUGCUUUAUUUUGUCAGUCCCCGCAAGACUAGCCGCGGUUUGGUUUGGACCAGAUCAAGUCAGCAGUGCAUGUAGUAUUGGUGUCUUUGGUAAUCAACUGGGUAUCGCCAUCGGGUUCCUGUUUCCCCCGAUGCUGGUCAAAGAUAGCCCGGAUCCGGCGAUCGUCAGAGAUGGACUAAAAAUUAUGAAUUACAUGAACGCUUCUAUAACUACCGUCAUUUUCCUAUUAAUUUUAUUCUUCUUCAAAGCAAAGCCUCCACUACCUCCAAGCCCGGUCCAGGCUGUGCAAAAUGAGCUAGAGAAAUCCGACAACUUCUUCCAAUCACUAAAAAGACUCGGGCUGAAUUUUGGCUACGUAAUGUUGCUGUUAAGUUACGGAAUAAAUGUCGGGAUCUUCUACGCCAUAAGCACCGUUCUAAGCCGCAUUGUUACAAGUCACUUCCCCGGAGCGCAAGAAGAUGCUGGUCGUAUGGGGCUUGCAAUUGUCUGCGCUGGUAUGUUGGGCUCUGUAAUGUGUGGAGUGAUUCUUGACAAGACUCGGCGGUUCAAAGAAACGACUCUCGUUGUUUAUAUUUUUUCUUUGCUGGGAUUAGUUGUAUUUACGUUUACAUUAAACUCUGGAUCAAUAAUAGUCUUUUAUGCGACCUUAUCUUUAUUAGGAUUUUUCAUGACUGGUUACCUACCAGUAGGUUUUGAAUUCGCAGCAGAGCUGACCUACCCAGAACCAGAAGGAACAUCUGCCGGUCUAUUAAACGCACUGGUCCAAGUGUUUGGAAUAAUAUUUAUCAUAGUUUACGGGUACCUAAUCGAUGUAACCUCCGAUUUUUGGGCAUCGCUUGCUCUCUGUGGAAUUUUAGCAGUCGGGGCAGUGAUAACAGCUAUCAUUCCCAACAAUUUAAGACGGCAGAACGCUAAAUAA